AUGCCAGAAGUAAUGAUUUAUGGUAUUCCCGUGACUUUUCCAUUCGAACCUUAUGAUGUACAAAAAGCUUACAUGGAAAAAGUUAUUCAAAGCUUACAAAAUAAUACAAACGCAGUAUUAGAAUCACCGACAGGAACUGGAAAAACUCUUAGUUUGCUGUGUUCUUCUUUGGCCUGGUUAAUGGUUAAAAAAGCACAGUUACAAAUGAAUGCACAACUUGGUAAUUUUUCUGAACAUAGUGGUAGUUUUGGUGGAUCCCUACGAGAUAAUUUAAAAGCAGGCGCUGGUAGUAAAGCUAAAGAUAACACGACUUGGGGUAUGCCAAAAAUUAUCUAUUCAUCACGAACUCACUCGCAAUUGACACAGGCUAUGCAAGAAUUAAAAAGAUCAAGUUAUAAACAUGUUAAGGCCUCUGUUCUUGGUUCAAGAGAUCAAAUGUGUAUUCAUCCUGAAGUAUCUAAAGAAACUAAUAAUAUGAAUAAAGUUCACAUGUGUCAGUUAAAAGUGAAGUCUAGAACUUGUUAUUUUUAUAACAAUGUGGAAUCCAAAAAAGAUGAUAGAUCAGUAAGAGGUGAUGACAUUCUAGAUAUUGAAGAUUUGGUUUCUGUAGGCAAAAAGUUAAAAUGUUGCCCAUAUUAUUUAUCUAAAGAGUUGAAACAAGAUGCUGAUAUAAUUUUUAUGCCAUACAAUUAUUUAUUAGAUCCAAAAUCAAGGAAAGCUAAUGGAGUUGAACUCCUUAAUAAUAUUAUAAUUCUUGAUGAAGCUCAUAAUGUGGAAAAAAUGUGUGAAGAAUCUGCUUCUCUCCAAAUUAGGACUACAGAUGUGGCACUUUGUAUUGAUGAUAUAACACAUAUAAUGAGGUCUUUUGUUGAAGGAAAUGACGAUCAGAUGGAUAUGACCCUGGAUAACAAUCAACCAAAAGAUUUUACAUGUGAUGAUCUGUGCAUUUUAAAAGAAAUGAUGCUUGCUUUAGAGAAAGCUGUUGAUGAAAUUCCAGUUGGGCCAGAGGGUACAACUUAUCCUGGUGGUUACAUAUUUGAGCUUCUCAAUAAAGCAGAGAUAAAGGAUCACAAUCACACUUCUGUUAUAUCUUUAAUAGAUAAUCUCAUUCAAUACCUCUCCACAGCAAGUGCAUCACCUUUUCAAAGAAAAGGUGUUGGACUUCAAAAGAUUGUCGAUUUAUUAAAUGUUGUAUUUAGUGGUAUCUCCCAUGCAUAUAAGGAAAGAAUAAAAAUGUGUUAUAAAGUACACAUUCAUAUUGAAGAUAAGAAGAAUAAUAAGAAAACAGAUAGUUGGGGAGCUUUAAAAACAGGGAAUUCUAAAACUGCUGAGAAAGUCAUUAGCUACUGGUGUUUUAGCCCAGGCUUUGGCAUGAAACAACUAUUAGAUCAAAAUGUUAGAAGCAUUAUUUUGACAAGUGGUACAUUAGCCCCUUUAAAGCCUCUUAUAUCUGAGCUUGGUAUACCAAUUGGAAUACAGUUAGAAAAUCCACACAUAGUUAAGUCAAAUCAGAUAUGUGUUAGAAUCAUAGGCCAAGGCCCUGAUUCCACACCACUGAACUCAAGCUAUCAAAAUCGUGACAAUCCCAAAUAUAUUUCAUCAUUAGGCAGAACUAUAUUGAGUUUCUGUAGAGUUAUCCCAGAUGGCUUGUUAGUGUUCUUUCCGUCAUACCCCAUUAUGACUAAAUGUCAAGAAAUGUGGCAAGCUGAAGGUAUCUGGACCAGUAUAAACAAUAUAAAACCAAUAUUUGUUGAACCUCAAAGAAAAGAUACUUUCAAUGCAAUAAUCAAUGACUAUUAUAAUAAAAUUAGUGAUCCUAGUACAAAAGGAGCUUGUUUUAUGGCAGUGUGUCGAGGUAAGGUAUCUGAAGGCUUAGAUUUUGCUGAUAUGAAUGGAAGAGCAGUUGUUAUAACUGGAUUGCCUUUCCCACCUAUGAAGGAUCCUAGAAUUAUUUUAAAGAAAAAAUACUUAGAAGAGCUCAGGGUUAAAGAGAAAGAAUUUUUGUCUGGAGAUGAAUGGUAUUCCUUAGAAGCAACAAGAGCUGUAAACCAGGCUAUCGGAAGAGUCAUCAGGCAUCAACAUGAUUAUGGUGCUAUUUUGCUUUGUGAUAAUAGAUUUAAUAAUCCAAAAUUGAAAAAUCAACUGUCAGCAUGGUUGAGAGACCUUAUAAAAGUAUCAAAUAAGUUUGGAGAAAGUCUUAGUGAAAUAUGUAGAUUUUUUAAAAAUGCUGAGACUUCUUUGCCACUGCCAAAACUAAAACCGCUGCUACCGCAUGAGGUUAACAACAGCCAUAAAGAAAAUGCUUCUAUUUCUCUGACUGGAGUAUCAUUUCCAGUAACAAACACAAGAGCAGUGAAAAUUAAAAAAUCUGUUAAUGAGUAUCCUAACUCAAAUGAAGUCUAUGCUGACUUUUCUAUGGAUUUUUAUAAAAAUGCCCAAGCGUCAACAUAUGUAAAUGAAUUUAAGCCCAAGGAAACCAAAGAUCUUUUUAGUGUUAUAGAUUCCAGUAAUGAUAGCACACUAUCAGCACAAUCUUUAGUUACAAUUCAUAAGAGAAAUGCAGAGGAAGCGAGUGUCAUUGCUGUGGCGAAGAAAAAGAAAUUAAAAAUAAAAGAUUUUGGGUUUGAAGAAAAUAUUAAGGGGUCUGGUGAAUUACCACAAACAGCAGCUGAAGAGAGAGUGGCACCAACUGCACUAAUAGAUUUUGUCAAAGAAAUAAAAACACUGCUGGAUUCAGAAAAAUAUAAAAAAUUCCAGCUAUCUAUUUCUGCAUAUAAAAAAGAUGGGGAUUAUAGUUUAUUUUUAAGCACACUAACUGAGCUUUUAGAAAGCAAAAGGCUAUUUUAUUUAUUUAAAGGUAUGAAGAGAUUUUUAAAGGAAGAACAUAAAGUACUUUUUCAAAAUUACUGUGAUAAUGUAAAAUUUCAGAGU